AUGGCUAUGUCAAGUCCAUCAAACCCUUUAAAUCCCACAUUUGAGGGUCAUAUCGCAUCCACGAUCGAUGCCCUCAUCCUCUUCGAGGCCUGCCUGUCAGGCCAGCUGAACCACGUCCCCCGCCGGCCACAUGACCGCGAGCGACAGGACCUCAUCAAGAGCGGCAAUGUCUUCAUCUACGAGGAGCACGCCUCCGGCAUAAAGCGAUGGACCGAUGGCGUCUCUUGGAGCCCUAGCCGCAUCUUGGGCAACUUCCUCAUCUACCGCGAGCUUGAGAAGCCCUUCCCCCCGGGCGAAAAGAAGCGAGCCCUGAAGAAGAACAAGAAGCCCCAGCAGGGCGUCAGCAAGAGUGAAACCCCCUCGCGCCCUGGCAUGGGCUUCCCAUCUGCCAUGGAUCCAAACGCCGGCGGCAAGGAUUCAGAGAGAGCCUUGAUCGGCUCUCUAAUCGACUCGUACCCGUUCAAAAACGACGGUCUCGUCAAGAAGACCAUCAGCGUCUCCUUCCAGGGCGUGCCCCAUCAUCUGGUCAGCUACUAUAAUGUCAACGACGUAAUGUCUGGUCGCUUGACCACGCCGACCAAGCACCCCAAUCUCCGGAAUGUCAUCCCCCGUUCUGAACUUAUCAUGUCUCAAAACUUCCGCGCACCCAUCGACGAGGUUGAGUGCAACCCAGACGAUCGGAUGGGCCCACACGCCAUGUUCGGGUCUUUGCCCGGCCACGACUACGGUGGCCAAGGAAGCGUUCUACAGCGCGCCAUGUCGCUGCCAAGCUUCCAACCCGUCCAGAUGUCACCAUAUGGAGCGCCAGCACAUUAUGGCUUCCCGUCUCACCCGCAACAUCCUCCGCCGCCGCCGCAGCAGCAGCAUUCCUUCGUCAGUUCAGUGCCUCCCAGCGCUUCGCCAAUGUCGUAUGCGCCACCGACUCAGGGUAAUUACGCCCUCGAUCCUACCAGAACGAACCGGUUUGCGACAGGGACCACUAUGGCCCACGAAUUCCCCAGGAAUAUGCCGACCCAUAGCCCCCCACGCCGACAUUCGACAUUCGACGCCGCCCCUGCGGCAGACCUCUCAACUAUGUCCCUUAGCUCGAUUCCAGAGGCGCGGAGCAUUACCGGUGCCUCUUAUUUGAGUGGCCCCUCGUACUAUAUGCCACAUCGAUCGGCACCCAUUCAGGGCCAUGAACACAACUUUCCAUCUCCUCGCCAGAUGAAGGCGGAUCCAGAUAGCCUAGGGGGAGACGACGGAAGCUCGCAACACUAUGGGCUAGAAGAAAACGGUGCCACUUGGGGCUUCGAUACGAUUGACGGGUCCCAAGAGGCGCAGUACUUCGCUGGCAGUUCAACAGCGGGCUCCCAGCAGUGGUCAAAUGGACCCAACAGCCUGGGUAGGACCUGA